AUGAUAAUUUAUUUACUACUGCUACCGUUCAAUUUCCUGCUGAUAUACUGCUCAAAGAAGGGCAAACAAAACCCGCCGACCCCGCCCAUCAUUAACAUUGGCACGCCAAGAUCAAGAACACCCAUCGGCAGCAGCAGCAAAUCAAAGCUUUUGGAUGGAUCACCCCUGGCUCAGGAGUCGCAGAAGUCGAAGCAACAGAGCGAGAUGAAGAAGAGCUCGAUGAAAAGUGAGUUUGAGUAGGAGAAGAUACUAGUUAGAGGGAUAUUUUAUCAGUAUAGAGGGGGGUGAUUUUUUUUGAAAAAUUAUAAGCCAAAUUCAACUUUUUAAAAAAAAAAUUUUUUUUGGGAAAGUCCACCCCCAUUUUCCAAACUUACCGCCCAGCUAUAAAUAAUAGCACAAUUCCAAAAAAGACCAAUAAUAUCAUUACUAUCUAUACUUUUUAAACUAAACCUUUUUAGGCCCAGGCGACAAAGAGAAAUCCGCCAUAAAGCAACCAGACGGUAAAGCAAAUCGUAAGUUAUUAACCAGGCCUUUCUCGCUAUAUGCAGUGUAAACUCGCUAAUUGAAUUCCGCUUACAAUAAAACCCCAGCUAUAAAGGAUUUUUUUAAAUACCCUAGAAAAAAUUUUGGACUGAUUUUUAAGUAUUAGGUGCCGACAUAAACAACCCGCCAUACUUUGCCUGUAAUUUCCGUUAAAAAUGGCGGGCUCUUUAUGUCGGCACCUAAUAUAACAACUCCGGAUAUAACGAAACCCCGCUACAGCAAAAGCUUCUUCAAUCUCCUGGCGAUUUGUUAUAACGAAAGUUCACUGUAUAUGUAUAAAGCUUUACCACAAAUGUAAAUUUAGAACACGAAGAAGAGGAAGAAGAAGAAUCGACCGAAAUCAAGUCCGAAGUCCUCAAAGAAAAUAUUAAACAGUACCGAGCGUGAGUUUAGUUUUACUCUGUAAUCAACAUAGUUUCUAAUUUGAUAAUAAUUACAUCUUGAAGUAAUUUUAUGUAAAUUCAGCUCAAUACUUGUCAGCAACAAGCUAAUUUCAGCUCCAAAGGAACCCUGAACAGAACGAAGAAAGAAAAGUCGAAAUCAGGUCGAAAGAAGAACAAGUCCAGCAAGGGAUCCAACGAGAAGCCGAGAACCAACAGACAGUCAGCCAGAACGGCAGCUCCAGUCGGUGGCUCCGAGGCUUGUGGUUAUGGCGCAGGUGCAGGUGCAAGUGCAUACAUGCAGCCGACCCAGAAGUUGACAUCGAGUGCCAAGACUACACAAAGAAUAACAUCCAUAGCGAAGACACAGAAGAAGGAACCAUCGGAGAUGGCGUCGGCCGUGGUGAACGUGUCGACCAAUUCCAAGGCCAAAGACAAGAGUAAGAUGAACGAGAAGGAGCAUGAUCAGAACUCUGCCUAUUUGGUUGCUUGA